AUGCCGUAUCUAGGCUCCCUGCUCCUGCUGUCGCUGGCUGCCUGGUGCUUGCAGCCGGCGUGGGGCGCCCCCGGCAACUCCAAGUGCAAGCCACGCUACUACACGCACAAGGCCAUGCAGACCGAUGACAACGGCCGCCGCUGCUGGGGCGACGUCAAGAUACUGUCGUGCUGGGGGUACUGCUUGUCUUAUGAGAUAUCCGACUGGCAGUUUCCCUACAAGGAGUCCCACCACCCGGUGUGCGUGCACGGCGAGCGGCGCCACGCCUCGGCCAGGCUGCGUCAGUGCGACCCUAAUGUAGAGCCGGGGACGGAGACCUACCACUAUGUGGAGGCCAAGAACUGCCGGUGUCAGGUUUGCUCAUCAGAAGACACGAGUUGCGAAUGGCUGCCCCCAGACUCCUCCCUGCUCGGGGGGUUGGUCCUGAGAGAAGAGAUUGAAGAAGAGCUGGAAUAGAUGGCUCAGAACUAGCGACAAAGGACAAUAUCAACAAACAUUACGGUCUUCCGAGAAUAGCAAGUCACACUUUUUAUAACAAAUAAAUGGUUUGUA